AGGCCGCCCAGUCUCCGCUGCGAGCGGUUUUCUGUAGACCCGGAAGCGGAUCGCGGGGAGUGAAGGCUGCGCCGCCGACCCUGAGUUUCGCUCUCUCUAGAUUAAAUCUGCGCUUCGCAGUCCCCCUUCUUCCAUCCCCCGGGUCUGAAGGGGUCCCUACAGAUCUUAAAAUGACCACACCGCGCCCUCCACCCCAGAUUAACCUUUAAAGACUCAUGUGGCCUGAGGAAGAAGUCCAGAAGAGAAGAAAGAGGAGACAGGGAUGGCUCUUUCUCAAGGAAGGUUGACAUUCAGGGAUGUGGCCAUCGAAUUCUCUCAGGAGGAGUGGAAAUGCCUGGACUCUGCUCAGAGGGCUUUGUACAGGGACGUGAUGUUGGAGAACUACAGGAACCUGGUCUCCCUGGCAGGAAUCUCUCUUUCUGAAAUGAGUAUUACCUCCAUGUUGGGGCAAGGGAAAGAGCCCUGGACUGUGGAGAGUGAAGUGAAAAUAACAAAAACAUCAAAUAGCUGGGAAUGCAUCAAAGGUGUGAACACAGAUGUCUCUCCUACACAUAUGAUCAAGGAAUUACCACCAAAAGAGAACAAUAGCACAGGAAAAGUAUUCCAAGCAGUGAUGUUGGAAAGACAUGAAAUCCAUGACAUCAAAGAUUUUUACUUCAGAGAAAUGCAGCAAAAUAUUCAUGACUUUGAGUGUCAGUGUCACAAUGAUGAAAGAAAUUACAGAGAAAUACCUGCAAUUAAAAUUAAAAACAUCACUGGAAGAAGAGAUCAAGGUGAUGGAAGGAAUGCAGGAAAUAAGCCAGUUGAAAAUCAGCUUGAACUAAGCUUUUGGUUGCAUCUGGCUGAACUGCAGGGAUUUCAAAUUGAAAGGAAAAUUUAUGAAUGUAAUCAAAUUGAGAAGUCUGUCACCCAUGGGUCCUCAGUUUCAUUAGUUCAAACAAAUAUUCCUCGUGUCAACACCAGCAUUUCUAAUAUAUAUAGGAAUGAUUUUAUGCAUCCUUCAUUACUCACACAAGACCAGAACGCAUACAUUAGGGAAAAACCUUACAAAUGUAGUGAUUGUGGCAAGGCCUUUAAUCAGAGGUCCAACCUUACUACACAUCAGAGAAUCCAUACUGGACAGAAACCACAUAAAUGUGACAUAUGUGGCAAAGGAUUCAGGCGAAUUGCAAACCUAGCAAGUCAUCAUAGAAUUCAUACUGGAGAGAAACCUUACAGAUGUAAUGAGUGUGGCAAGACCUUCAAUCAGACGUUCAACCUUACUACACAUCAGAGAAUCCAUACUGGACAGAAAACAUAUAAAUGUGAUAUCUGUGGCAAAGGUUUCAGGCAAAUUGGAAACCUAGCAAGUCAUCAUAUAAUUCAUACUGGAGAGAAACCUUACAGAUGUAACGAGUGUGGCAAGACCUUCAAUAGGAUGUUCCACCUUACUAGACAUCAGAGAAUCCAUACUGGACAGAAACCAUAUAAAUGUGAUAUAUGUGGCAAAGGUUUCAGGCAAAUUGCAAACCUAACAAGUCAUCAUAGAAUUCAUACGGGAGAGAAACCUUACAAAUGUAGUGAUUGUGGCAAGGCCUUUAAUUACAGGUCCCACCUUACAAGACAUCAGAGAAUCCAUACUGGGCAGAAACCGUAUAAAUGUGAUAUAUGUGGCAAAGAUUUCAGUCAAAAUUCAUACCGUGAAAAUCAUCAGAGAAUUCACAGUAGAGAGAAAUCUUACAGAUGUAAUGAGUGUGGCAAGACCUUUAAUAAGGUGACCAACCUUACUACACAUCAGAGAAUCCAUACUGGACAGAAACCGUAUAAAUGUGAUAUAUGUGGCAAAGGUUUCAGGCAAAUUGGAAACCUAGCAAGUCAUCAUAUAAUUCAUACUGGAGAGAAACCUUACAGAUGUAACGAGUGUGGCAAGACCUUUAAUAGGAUGUUCCACCUUACUAGACAUCAGAGAAUCCAUACUGGACAGAAACCAUAUAAAUGUGAUAUAUGUGGCAAAGGUUUCAGACAAAUUGCAAACCUAACAAGUCAUCAUAGAAUUCAUACGGGAGAGAAACCUUACAAAUGUAGUGAUUGUGGCAAGACCUUUAAUUACAGGUCCCACCUUACAAGACAUCAGAGAAUCCAUACUGGACAGAAACCGUAUAAAUGUGAUAUAUGUGGCAAAGAUUUCAGUCAAAAUUCAUACCGUGAAAAUCAUCAGAGAAUUCACACUAGAGAGAAAUCUUACAGAUGUAAUGAGUGUGGCAAGACCUUUAAUAAGGUGACCAACCUUACUACACAUCAGAGAAUCCAUACUGGACAGAAAACAUAUAAAUGUGAUAUAUGUGGCAAAGGUUUCAGGCAAAUUGGAAACCUAGCAAGUCAUCAUAUAAUUCAUACUGGAGAGAAACCUUACAGAUGUAACGAGUGUGGCAAGACCUUCAAUCAGACGUUCAACCUUACUACACAUCAGAGAAUCCAUACUGGACAGAAAACAUAUAAAUGUGAUAUAUGUGGCAAAGGUUUCAGGCAAAUUGGAAACCUAGCAAGUCAUCAUAUAAUUCAUACUGGAGAGAAACCUUACAGAUGUAACGAGUGUGGCAAGACCUUCAAUAGGAUGUUCCACCUUACUAGACAUCAGAGAAUCCAUACUGGACAGAAACCAUAUAAAUGUGAUAUAUGUGGCAAAGGUUUCAGGCAAAUUGCAAACCUAACAAGUCAUCAUAGAAUUCAUACGGGAGAGAAACCUUACAAAUGUAGUGAUUGUGGCAAGGCCUUUAAUUACAGGUCCCACCUUACAAGACAUCAGAGAAUCCAUACUGGACAGAAACUGUAUAAAUGUGAUAUAUGUGGCAAAGAUUUCAGUCAAAAUUCAUACCUUGAAAAUCAUCAGAGAAUUCACACUAGAGAGAAAUCUUACAGAUGUAAUGAGUGUGGCAAGACCUUUAAUAAGAUGACCAACCUUACUACACAUCAGAGAAUCCAUACUGGACAGAAAACAUAUAAAUGUGAUAUAUGUGGCAAAGGUUUCAGGCAAAUUGGAAACCUAGCAAGUCAUCAUAUAAUUCAUACUGGAGAGAAACCUUACAGAUGUAACGAGUGUGGCAAGACCUUCAAUAGGAUGUUCCACCUUACUAGACAUCAGAGAAUCCAUACUGGACAGAAACCAUAUAAAUGUGAUAUAUGUGGCAAAGGUUUCAGGCAAAUUGCAAACCUAACAAGUCAUCAUAGAAUUCAUACGGGAGAGAAACCUUACAAAUGUAGUGAUUGUGGCAAGACCUUUAAUUACAGGUCCCACCUUACAAGACAUCAGAGAAUCCAUACUGGACAGAAACCGUAUAAAUGUGAUAUAUGUGGCAAAGGUUUCAGUCAAAAUUCAUACCUUGAAAAUCAUCAGAGAAUUCACACUGGAGAGAAAACUUACAAGUGUAAUUAGUGUGGCAAAGCCUUUAGCGUGUGCUCAAACCUAACUAAACAUCAGGUCAUCCAUAAUGGAGAGAGACCUUAUAAAUGUAAUGAGUAGGACAAGGCUUUUUUUUCAGAGUUCAAAAUUGUAAAACAUCACAGGAUUCAUUCUGGAGAGAAACAAAACAAAUGUAAUGAAUGUGGUAAGGCAUUUAUUCAAAAUUCAAGUCUGGUGGACCAUCAGAGAACUCACACUGGAGAGAAACCUUACAAGUGUAAUGAGUGUGGUAAAACCUUUAUUGGGCAUUCAAGCCUAACUAACCAUCAGGUAAUUCAUACUGGAGAGAAACCUUACAAAUGUAAUGAGUGUGGAAAGGCUUAUAUGAAGUGGUCCCACCUUAGACAUCAUGAGAGUAUUCAUACUGGAGAGAAACCAUACAAAUGUACCAAAUGUGGCAAGGCCUUUAGACAAUGGGCGGACAUCAGGAUUCACCAAAAAAUCUAUGCUGGAGAGAAACCUUACAAGUAUGAUGAGUGUGGAAAAACCUUUACCCAGGCCUCUCACCUCACUAUACAUCAGAUCAUCCAUACUGGAGAGAAACCAUAUGAAUAUGAUAUAUAUGGCAAAGUCUUCAAUCAAAAUUCACAUUUCAAAAGUUAUCGUAGGAUUUGUACUGGAGAGAAGCCUUACAAAUGUGUGUGGCAAGGUCCUCAGUCAAAAUUCACACCUUGUAAAUCAUCAGAGAAUUCAUACUGGAGAGAAAUCCUACAGAUGUCAUGAAUGUGGCAAAGCCUUUACUCGAGGCUCACGCUUCAUUAAUCAUCAGAUAGUUCAUACUGGAGAGAACUUUCCAAAUGUACUAAAUGUAGCAAGGCUUUUAAGAAUGGCCCUAAACUCAGGACUCACCAAAUAGAUCAUACUUGUAAAUGCAAUGAAUGUAGCAGUGUCUUAAAGUAGUGCUCGCUACUCAUUAGAUAAGAGUACCUAAUAUAUCUUGGGGCAAAGGCACACAAAUGCAGUGUCUGUGACAAGGACUUUAUCUGAGGAUCAAAAGUUGGGGAACAGAAUAAUUCGUACUGGGGAGAAAUCUUAGAAAUGCAAUGAGCAUGGGAAAAACUUUACCAUGAGUUCAAGUACUACAUGACAUCAGAGAGUUCAUAUUGAAGAGAAACCAUGUAAAUAUAAGGUAUGUGGCAGAGGCUCUUUUCAGGUUUCACAGUGCACUGGACAUCAGAGUAUACAUCUUUUGCCAGGCGUGGUGGCUCACACCUGUAAUCCCAGCACUUUCGGGAGGCUGAGGUGGGUGGAUCACCUGAGGUCAGGAGUUUGAAACCACCCUGGCCAACAUGGCGAAACCCUGUCUCUAUUAAAAAUACAAAAAUUAGCUGGGCGUGGUGGUAGGUGCCUGUAAUCCCAGCUACUCAGGAGGCUGAGGCACGAGAAUUGCUUGAACCUGGGAGAUGGAGGUAGCAGUGAGCUGAGAUCGUGCCACUGCACGCCAGCCUGGGCGACAGAGCAAGACUCCGUCUCAAAAAACAAAACAAAACAAAAUGAAAAAACAGAGUAUACAUCUUUUAGAGAAAUCAAAGUAACAUGCAUGCUAAAGCUUUUUUUUUUUUUUUUUUUUUUUUUUUGAGAUGGAGUCUUGCACUGUCGCCCAGGUUGGAGUGCAUUGGCCCAAUCUUGGCUCACCACAACCUCCGCCUCCUGGAUUCCAGCAAUUCUGCCUCAGCCUCCCAAGUAGCUGGGACUACAGGUGUGUGCCACCACCCCCAGCUAACUUUUGUAUUUUUAGUAGAGACAGGGUUUCACCAUGUUAGCCAGGAUGUUCUCAAUCUCUUGACCUCAUGAUCCGCCCGCCUCCGCCUUCCAAAGUGCUGGGAUUACAGGCGUGAGCCACUGUGCCCGGCCGACACUGGGCUUUUUGUGAGAGUGACAGAUUACUAGGAUCUCGUUAUGUGGUAGAAGUAAUGUAGGGGAAAUGGCGAUUAUCUUUUUUUAAAAGCAAUAGCUGUUGUAUAUCAAUGAUAAAUGAAAAAUUAGUUAUUCUUGUAAAUUGAAGAAAGAAUGGUUAUCAUAGGGGGUAGUUCAAGUGAAAGAACCAGGGCUGGGUGUGGUGGCUCACAUUCUGUAAUCCCUGUACUUUGGGAGGCCAAGGCAGAUGGAUCUCUUGAGGCCAGGAGUUCGAGACCAGCCUGACCAACAUGGCAAAACCGUGUCUCUACAAAAAAUACAAAAAUUAGCCGGACAUCGUGGUGGAUGCCUGUAAUCUCAGAUAUUCGGGAGACCGAGGGGAGAAUCACUCGAACCCAGGAGACGGAGGUUGCAGUGAGCUGAGAUCGCACCACUGCUCACCAGCCUGGGCAACAGAGUGAGACUCUGCCUCAAACAAAAAGAAAACCAAACAAAAGAACCAGAAUAGCAUGUGCACGUGUACACAGACGUUUCACAACUGGCAUUAUGUUUUGCUACUGUUUUAUUUACAAUGUAUCACAAGUUUUAUGCUUUAAUAAAAUUUAAUCAUAACUUC